UGGUUAUCAUUGCAUCUGAAUGUUAUCGCAACACUUGUGAACUGAUAUUGUCGAAAUAAUAAACCUUUCUGAGAAAGGCUUGAGACCCAGCCUACUCGCUGACUAUUUUCUCUUCGCUGCAAGGAUUUGCUUGUCGGAGAACUAUCUCCUUCUCCAUAGUCAAGAGUCAAUUCUGGAAACACUCACAGAGUUGAGUGCUUCUAUUCAUCAUGGUCCCCUCCAACGCCCCAUUCAAACCCUCCCCGCUAUCAUUCGCCUCCCCCCGCGCGUCCCCCUUCCGUCGACCGUCAACGUCCAACUCCCCGCCCGCCGCGCAGACAGGCCGACCCAGCACCCCGGGAAGCUCCCCCAGCCGUGGCUACACCCCGGUGGUGUCCCCAAGCAAACUGAAUCAAUCAUACACAGCCGCCGACGAGGAUGGUUCGCCCAAGAGCAGGGAUCCGAUUCCCCAGCCGCGCUUCACUCGAGAGGUGUCCCCGUCGCCGACUCGGGGCGCUGCCGCCUCCCCCGACCGACCCGCCUCGAGCUUCUCGGGUGUUAGAACGCAGGGCAUGAUGGGGGGGAGGUCGUCUGAUGCUGCCUCACGCUUGUCACCUGUGCAGUUGAGAGAGAUUAGAGAGGCGUUUCAGGUUUUAGAUCGAGAUAAUGAUGGCUCUGUUGAUAGGGAGGACGUCGCGGAUGUGUUGUCUAAUGUUGGUCAGGACCCAUCUUCGCUCUCACAGUUCUUCCCCCCGGGUUCGCCGCAGACAAUCAAUUUCCCGACGUUCCUGAACAUACUCUCCACGCUGCUGGAUCCCCUUUCGUCGCGACAGGAGCUCGUCAAUGCCUUGGCGGCGUUUGAUGAGGACGAUAGCGGUCAGAUUGAUGUGAAUGAACUACGGGAUGCGCUGCUUCAUACGGCCCCCGAGGACGGCGAGCGGCCCCUCAGUGAGAGGGAGAUUAACCAGGUCUUGAGUGGGUUCACCGGUCGCCGGGCGUUUGGGGCCAAGAUGUCUGGAGGGUCGAAGAGGGGCGAUGUUUUCAAAUACCAUGAAUUCGUUGACGGGAUCAUGGGCGGUACGACUUCCAACGCAGCGUCCCAGGGACGAGCGCAAUCUUAAUAAUGAUGAUGGUGGAAUUUGGCGUUUUGGGCUGGAAUUUCUGUAUGCAUAGAUCGCUCUGGCAGCCACGAUUCACGUAUAAUGAGACUUGAAGUAUAUUGUUGCUCCUGUUGCUGCUGGUUAUGACACCGCCGGUCUAAUAAUAGUAAGAAGGUAUAACCUUUACUAGGUGUAUACUAAGCGACGCUGGGUGGAGCAAAAGCUGACUAUCGCAUGCAUGAGACGGCCUGCAACCCAUGACGCCUCAAGUGGGCGGGUCUGACGCAGGAUAAUUGGAUCCGAGACAGUGGACUAGAUCGGACUAUUGAAAUGGACUU